AUGUCGCAAACACCGCAAAUAUGGUUCCGCCCUAUGCCCCUCAUCCUCAUCACGGAUGAGGAUCUGACAUACCACGGGAAGAUACUAAGUGUCAGGUAUGAAGAAGGGCGACUUCGAGCAAUUCACGCGACGAUGUCCAUCAGCGAGCAUCGAGGCCGGCCAAGGCUAGCUCCCCAGCGACACCCUUCGCCCGAGAAUCCAGACAAGUCUUUAAGUCCAAAGGUCGGACUAUGA